CAACCACCUGUUCUUCCACCAAAGAUCCCUAUUUCAAAUCAAGAUUCAAAUUCAUCAAAUUUCAUUCACAAAAAUGUAGCUCAAACUGAAGUAAUUCCACCAAGUUACCAUGUACAAUUUGAACAACCAACUGGUCAAAAUAUAAACCAAAAUAAAGCACAAACAGGGUUCAUUCCUCAUGUUCAUUCACAGGCUCAUUCACAGGCUCAUUCACAAAGUCAUUUGUAUGGACGAUUUGAUCAGCCAACUGGCCAAAAUAUGAUCCAAAAUCAACAAAAUCAACACCAAAUAAUUAACCAAACAAUUCAAAAGUCACCUGAUGAAAUGUGUCAAGAAUUAUUGAAAAAAUAUAUUAAUGAAUAUAAUGGUGUUAUAAAUUUCCAAGAACCUACAACAUGUAAUCCUUGUUAUCAUGUUGGAUUAGGUGAUUUUGAUGGUUUACGAUAUCAUCUUCAAAGUGGUAUAGAUGAUGUUGACAAAUUAUAUCAUUUUGGUGGUUCAGAAAAAUAUCUCGUUUUAAUAGCUUCUGAACAUUGUAAUGGUGAAGCAAUGAUCAAAAUAUUUAAUGUUUUAAAAGAAUUUGGCGCUAACUUUAAUGUAGUUUGUGGCGACACUAAACAAACUGCAUUACAUUAUUUACCCUUAAAUUCUAAAUUAUCUGAAGAAAAAAAUUGUAAAAAUAUUAAAGAUGCGAUAAGUUUUUUGGUAGAUAAUGGUUGUGAUAUUAAUGCUAUAGAUAAAUCUUCAAAACGAACAAUAUUGGCAAAUUAUUUGAUCAAAAGAUAUAAAACUAAAAAUUAUGUUUCAAUAAUUGAUUUAUUAUUAGAAAAAGGUGCUAAUCCUAAUAUCCCUUGUGGAGUUACACUUCCUGAUCGUUAUUUUGCUCCAAAUGCAUUAUUUAUAGCUAUCAAAAACAAAUGGCCAAUUGAAACGCUGAAUUCAUUACUUAAUCAUGGUGCAAAUAUUGAUCAAUUAGAUGAAGAGAAUAAUCAUUUAUUAAUCUGGACUGUGAUGGAUAAAACUGACAAAAAGUCUAAAAAGGAUAAAGAAUCAAAAGAUGAUAUAAAGUAUCAGUCCAUUGAUUGGGUAUUAGAACAUAGCUAUCUUGCUAGUGAACCUGACAAUUUAAGAGCUGCUGAAAAGUAUAUCAGCAAAUUUGGUGAAAGAAGAAAUAUAAUUACGAGAUGGAAAAAAGCUACACCAGAAGAUCGACAAAGAGUUAAAGAUAAUU